GUCAGUGUUGAAAAGGCCGCCGAGCGCAGGGCGAAGCGACGUGACGGCCGCGGGGUCCUCCCAUGUGAUGCGACCGAGGCCCGACGGACCGUGCCUGUGUGUUAUGGCUCCUCCCGCUACAGUCGAACGGGACCAGACGUAACAACACCAGUGCGGGGCGAACGGGAAUCAACACACCGCGACACGGUCUCCUGGAGCCACGGCGAGAAGCAUGGCAGCGCCUGCAGUGUUGAAGAAGACGACGACGACGACGACGACAUAAGACGAUGUGCUCGGCGGCGCCUCCUCUGCUGUGAAGCCUUCGACGGUCCUUCAACAUUACCGACACCGCAAAUGAACUCCGUCAGAGCAAGCAACGUUAGCAGACGACCCAGGCGAGUGUCGAGGCCGCGCCCGGUGCAGCCGGAGAGGAAUCACCAGGAAAGAGAUGAGGACGUGCCUGCAGAUAUGGUUGCAGAAGAAUCCGGUCCAGGAGCUCAGAAUAGUCCCUACCAACUUAGAAGAAAGUCUCUACCCAAGAGAAAAGUGUGUCCGACGAAGACAAACAUGGAGGAUGCUUCCACUUCGACCACAGACAACUUUGGACACCGACCAAAGCGUCCCAGAGUUUCAGGAAAGUGUCAAGAUUUACCAGCAGCUCCGGCAGAGCAGUAUUUGCAGGAGAAGCUCCCAGACGAGGUGGUGCUAAAGAUCUUCUCGUACCUGUUGGAGCAGGACUUGUGCCGCGCCGCAUGUGUGUGCAAGCGCUUCAGUGAGCUGGCCAACGACCCCAUCCUCUGGAAGAGGCUGUACAUGGAAGUCUUUGAAUACACGCGACCCAUGAUGCACCCCGAGGCAGGGAAGUUCUACCAGAUAAACCCAGAGGACUAUGAGCAGCCAAACCCGUGGAAGGAAAGUUUUCAGCAGCUGUAUAAAGGAGCACACGUUAAACCAGGCUUUGCAGAACACUUCUACAGUAAUCCUGCCAGAUACAAAGGGAGAGAUAACAUGUUUUACUAUGACACCAUUGAGGAUGCUCUCGGAGGGGGCCAGGAGCCUCACUUUGACGGCCUGAUAUUCGUCCACUCUGGUAUUUACACAGACGAGUGGAUCUACAUCGAGUCGCCCAUCACGAUGAUCGGAGCUGCUCCUGGAAAAGUGGCAGAGAAAGUCAUCAUUGAGAACACCAGAGACUCCACAUUUGUAUUCAUGGAAGGCUCAGAAGAUGCUUAUGUUGGAUACAUGACCAUCAGGUUCAAUCCUGACGAUAAAUCCGCCCAGCACCACAAUGCCCACCACUGCUUGGAGAUCACAGUCAACUGCAGCCCCAUCAUCGACCACUGCAUCAUACGCAGCACAUGCACGGUGGGUUCAGCUGUCUGUGUCAGUGGCCAGGGUGCUUGUCCCACGAUCAAGCACUGCAAUAUCAGUGACUGUGAAAAUGUCGGUCUUUACAUCACCGACCAUGCACAGGGAAUAUACGAAGACAACGAGAUCUCAAAUAAUGCUCUGGCUGGGAUCUGGGUGAAAAACCACGGAAAUCCAAUUAUCAGACGGAAUCACAUCCACCACGGCAGAGACGUGGGCGUUUUUACAUUUGACCACGGCAUGGGUUACUUUGAGAGCUGUAACAUCCAUAGGAACCGUAUCGCCGGCUUCGAGGUGAAGGCAUACGCCAAUCCGACAGUGGUCCGCUGCGAGAUCCACCAUGGUCAGACGGGCGGCAUCUACGUGCACGAAAAGGGCCGCGGCCAGUUCAUUGAAAACAAGAUCUAUGCAAAUAACUUUGCUGGGGUGUGGAUCACAUCCAACAGUGACCCCACAAUAAGGGGCAAUGCCAUUUUCAAUGGCAAUCAAGGUGGCGUUUACAUUUUCGGUGAUGGCCGAGGCCUCAUCGAAGGAAAUGACAUCUACGGCAACGCCCUCGCAGGAAUCCAGAUCAGGACGAACAGCUGUCCCAUUGUCAGACACAACAAAAUCCACGAUGGCCAGCAUGGCGGCAUAUAUGUGCAUGAAAAAGGACAAGGCGUCAUUGAGGAGAACGAGGUGUACAGCAACACGCUGGCAGGAGUGUGGGUGACGACAGGCAGCACGCCAGUACUGAGGAGGAACAGGAUACACAGCGGGAAGCAGGUUGGGGUCUACUUCUAUGACAAUGGCCAUGGUGUGCUCGAAGACAAUGACAUCUACAACCACAUGUACUCUGGAGUUCAAAUUAGGACUGGCAGCAAUCCUAAGAUCAGGCGGAACAAGAUCUGGGGAGGCCAGAACGGAGGCAUUUUGGUUUACAAUUCAGGCCUGGGCUUUAUCGAGGACAACGAGAUCUUCGACAAUGCCAUGGCCGGAGUGUGGAUCAAGACGGACAGCAACCCCACCCUGCGGAGAAACAAGAUCCACGAUGGCAGAGACGGUGGGAUCUGUAUAUUCAACGGAGGAAGAGGUUUGUUGGAGGAAAACGACAUCUUCAGAAAUGCCCAAGCCGGAGUCCUCAUUAGCACCAACAGCCACCCCGUCCUGCGGAAAAACAGGAUAUUUGACGGCUUUGCUGCCGGUAUUGAGAUCACCAAUCAUGCCACAGCAACCCUGGAGGGCAAUCAGAUCUUCAACAAUCGCUUUGGAGGAUUGUUUCUUGCAUCUGGUGUCAACGUUACAAUGAAAGAUAAUAAAAUAAUGAACAAUCAAGAUGCAAUUGAAAAGGCUGUGAGCAGAGGUCAGUGCCUGUACAAGAUUUCAAGUUACACCAGCUAUCCAAUGCACGAUUUUUACAGGUGUCACACCUGCAACACGACAGACCGCAACGCCAUCUGCGUGAACUGUAUCAAGAAGUGUCACCAAGGGCACGACGUGGAGUUCAUCAGACACGACAGAUUCUUCUGUGACUGUGGAGCAGGGACGCUGUCAAAUCCAUGCACAUUAGCCGGAGAGCCGACUCACGACACAGACACACUGUAUGACUCAGCUCCUCCUAUAGAGUCCAAUACACUGCAGCACAACUGAGCUCAAGAGCAGACGUCCCUUUGCGCUUCAGCAGUAAAUGGACAUGAGACACUUUAUGUUGUGCAGUGGAGGAAAUCCAAACUAUAGUACAGAUUCACUUUGACAGAGCAUAUACAGUUACUUUAAUAAUAAAAAAAGAGACUUGGACAUGAAUAUAAGAGACAUUUGGAAGAAAAAAAACAACUUAAAGUCUGAUUAAGGAUGCCUCGCUUUUCAUCGGUUAUUUUACAAAAAAAAAGUGACGGCAGAGCAGAAGAGCAGCUGACUCAGGGUUUGUGGGUAUGUUGGUUCAGUCAAAUUAAAUGAAACCGAUGAGAUGGAAAAAAAAAAGCCACAAGCUCAUCUGCGACAAAGAAGUGGAAGAGCGAGAUACUGCGGUUCAUGUACAGCCCCACCACCGACAGACUCGCUCCGUCAGAAGAGGCACAACUUUUCUCACGAGGCGAAAAGCCUCAAAUACAACAAUGCUUCCAUCACUGGCCAACGACGUGCUCGUACGAUGCGUACGGGAAAAAUGACCUAGCACUUCAGCUUUUUUUUCCCUCCCUCCCACCUUAAGACAAACUGUUGAGAUCUCAUUUUAAUGCUUUUUGUGUAGUUUUGUAAUAUCAUGCAAAAAUUUUACUGUACUUGAAUGUCUUUAUUUUAUUAAAUGUUAUUUUUUUUGGUUAUUAUACCCUAGAAUUGCUGUAAUUAUACUCAUGUCGCAGUAUCUAAAGUUCUUUCUAUGAAAGAGAUCAGAGAAAAGAGACAAAAACACUAAACAUUUUCUCCAGCAACGUUGGCUCCUUCACAUUUGCAAUACAGUAAAAUUGAUUCUGAAAUGUGCUUUUUCAAGACUUGUCGAUGUUCGUCAUCGUCUAAGGGAAUUGAACAGUUCUUUUGUCAGUUUUACAUAAUCUAUGCAUAUUUUCUGUUUGUCAUACAAAACCCAAUACACCGUAAAGUCUAAUGAGGGCUACAGGUCAAAGCCCAGCAUUUAAGGGAUGUAGUUUCUAAUUAUGAUAUUGCCUCUGUUAUUUACUGAAUUCAAACUGGUUGGAGUUAUGGUAUUAUGCAUCUGUUGGGACAUUUGAAUGGUUGUACAUUGAGUUAUUGUCAUUGAUUUGUCAGUUGAGUAGAUUAGAAAAUCUAUACCCUGUAUUACAGUCCAUGAACAGGCACAAAUGCUGCUAUUUGGCCAAGAUAUACAAUUUCUCUAAAAUAGGACAGGUUUCAGUUGUUCCUAUGUUUAGAAGAAGAGAUGAGUCUUGUGAAAGCGCAGCUAAUUUGUUGGUUCCCUUAUUGGUCAAUGUUGCUGGAGAAUUUAAAGGCUUUUUACUCUACUGAAGCUGGGACAAGUACCUAUAUACAGCGCUAUAUGGUUUCACCCCCCUUUCCCCCAUAUUCAUGUGUACUGGUGAUUGUGGGUUCUCAUACAGACUGAAAUGUAUGCAUGUAUCAUAACAUCUAGACUUAAUAUAUUGUGAAGUAUUCAAUAACUGUUAUGUAGGCGCUAGCGUGAAUUAAAAGGGUUUAAUUUCCUAGAUGAAACUGUCAUUUUUUUUUAAAAAUAAACUUUAUUAGAUCAUGA